UAAGUUAGAGAAACGAUUUCUUCAAUUUAAACAUAACUUUUAUCUAUGUGUGUGAUGACGAAGUAUACAUUUCUGUAAAAUGUAUCUCGUCUCUGUAAAAUAUAUCUCAUUUCUCUUAUUAAUUGGUUAUUUGAUGCAGGGAAUAAAAUUUUACCUCGUCGCGUACUUAACUAUUUAUUUCAGUGAAAUAAAUUUAUAUUUCACAAAUAAAUUUUUAAGUGUUUUUUCUCAGAGUUUACACGUGAGAAAAAAACACUUAAAAAUUUAUUUAUGCCGUGCAUGCAACAUCCGUGCAUAGUUUAUUAUAUAUACAAUAAUUAUAUAUAAUAUAAAAAUAAUAAUCCAAUAUUAAUAUUUUAUAAUUUCAUCUAUUUUAUUAAUAAAAUUUGAUUUAUAAGAAAUCUAUUUAUACACAUACAUCUCCAUUUUCUUGUUACUUGAAAAUUUAACUUCAUUGUUCAAAUCAACUUCGGUAUGAUCAAACAACUGUUCUUUUUCUUUCGCUCCCGAUAUUGUGCUUUGUGUUAUCUUUAUUUUCCGUUUACGUCAGCUUUGCGUUUCUCGGUGCAUUCAUCUCCUGUAGCAGCAACUAACAAUUCAUUUACCUUUGUUCAACGUGGACAGAAAUUACUGUAGUUGCAGCAGAAAUGACGCGGUUGCUUUUGAAUUUGAGAAUUGUACAGGGUUGAAACGGACGAGGGAGAAAAAGGUCGUGAGAAGGGUAGAGUGUCCUCUCCGUAGCGACGUUGCAAUUACGCGAGUACUUUAAUGUCUUUGGUCACGCGAAUGCCGAGGAUUGUCGAUCUCUCUUUCUCUCUCAUGGAAAUGCUGCGGACAAAAUUCUAAAAAAUUUGCAUAGCUCCGUAAAGAAUACGCGCGUUAUGCAAAAUUUUUAUAUGUAUAACGCACGAUUACAUUUUUUAUCUCUGCGACCAGCGUUGUUCUCUCACUUGCCUCGGUUGCACUUUUCGUAUUCGUCGUUGUGUUUUCCAUCAAUGUGGCGUCGAGGGUUCCGGAUUCAUCGAGACUACGUGCCUUUCUUUUGCUUUUGUACUCGACGAACACCGCGAUUGGUUCUACAAUCGGUCCCGAUAGGAUCGUCUAGCCGGCAAUUAAUGCACCCGGCAGCAGCCUUUCCGGGGCGACGACGCGCCUCACGGAGGCGGGCGCGGAGAGGUGGUGGUCUACCGUUUUCAUCUCGAGCAAGAGGCGUAGCUCUCUUCGUACGAAAGAGAGCAACAGAGCGACGCGGACGUCGGCGUCGCGACGUGAGAAAGACUGCGAGCGUCGCUUGCAAGGAAGAGAAGAGAGAGAAAGAGAGAAAGAGCGAGAGGAGGAGAGAGGAAGAGCUAGGUGAGAGGAUUCGUGGGGACAAAGGGACGUCGUCGUGACGGCGCAGACUCAGCGAAGGCCGGGCGUCCCGACGCCUUCUCGCGUCCCUUUUAUAUCGCGUCGCCGCCAGUACAUCUCUGACGAUUCACGUUGCACUUUUCCCAUUCACGCGCAUCGCGGAAAAACAGCGCCGGCGACGCAUCGCCACCCCUUCGCCCGCUACCCUCUCCGUCUCCUCCUCCUCUUCCUCCUCCUCCUCGUCGUCGUUUUUGUGAAGGCGAAAUUUGUCCUUUGACUCUGCCCGGCCGAUUGUUCCGCACGAAUGUUCAUACGCGGUUGUACACGCGACACGCGCGUGCUCACCGUCGUACCUCGUACGCGUGUGUGACAUAACGACGAGUGCAACGAUUGUGCGUCAUAAUCCCUUCCACGACGAUAGACUUCGGUCUUGCGAUCGAAAGUUGCUCCGGCGCUUCCGAGUGACGGUGUACCCCGCCACAGCUUUCCGACGAAGGUCGAGAGACCUUUGGCGUCGCAUAGUAGCACGACCGCCAACCAGAUCCACGGCAACAGCAUGCACGGCGCGUACUCGUCCGGCAGCCAGACGUCCCUGUCGACGACGUCGUACAUCACCGGCCAGUCCUACAUGCAGAACCAGAAUUACGCGCACGGGCCCCCGUAUCCUGCCUCGAAUGUGCAGGUAUACUCGCACAAUGCGACAGGCUACUCGCAGCCGCAGAGCUACGGCACCAUGGUGCAGGGAUUCGGUGGGCAACCGCAGUCCGCCGGAUAUCAGCAGAGUCACCUUAAGAAGGGCUCGGUCCGCAACGGCGACGUGCUCAAGCGGUGUCGGCUGCAGACCGCAUACGAGUUGUCGCAGGAUCUGCUCGACAAGCAGAUCGAGAUGCUGGAGCGAAAAUACGGCGGGGUGAAAGCGCGAAACGCGGCGCUGACGAUCCAACGUGCCUUUCGGAGGUACACGUUGCUGAAGAAGUUCGCGGCGAUCACGGCGAUGGCCAAGGCGGAGAAGCGUUUGAGCAGGAAACUUCAGGAGACGACGACGGAUCGCAACCUCAACGAUCACGAGAGAAUGGUUUAUCACAGUCAAAUAUACAUUCAGCAGACACAGUCCGCCAACAGACCGAUGCCGAUCCGAAGCAUGUCUCUCAGGGAAAGGCGGCACGUGGACAACUCGCAAUCGCCUAUACCGAGGAGUCAGAGCGGUAGAUGCGAGGUUCAAGUCAGCGGCCAUCAACACACGAAUCACAAUUUGCAUCAGAGCGGUAGGCAUACACCCUCAUUGGCGCCCAGCCCGUGCAACCGACAUCAGCAAUUACCACCAAGUCCCUGCUGGGAAUCGAGCUCCCAGGAGAGCGGUAGUAUCCAUUACUACAAUCCACAGGAAGCUUUAUGCGGCCUGAGACAAGAGACACCGCCAAGAGAUCUGCUGCGGACACCAUGUACGUCGCCGUCGACGCCGCACAAUCUGCAGACGACGAUAUCGCAAAAUUGGAACAACGCCAACCAGCUUGGUCCUGGCAGAACGAGAGGUUCCGCCAGCAAGAAGGUUCCGCCGGAGGUGCCAAAGAGAACGUCCUCCAUCACUUCGAGAUCUAUGGAGCCGCGACACAAUGGUCUCAGUAAAAGUGUGGAGAACGGAAGUCUAAGUUCGGUGCAGAGUUCCGGCAGCGAUUCCACCAAUUGCGAGAGCUCCGAGGGCGAUGCUCAGAGAGGGUCGCCCGUUUGGAAGCACAAAGGGAUUUCGAGUUCGCCGGAACAUCAGGAAUGUGCGAGUCAUACCGCGGACGCGGCGGCGAUGGCCGCUAACGUGAAAGAGCUCGGCCACUCACAUGCCAGCUCCGGCUACCAACUUCCCCUAAUGGACCAUACGGAGAGUCUGCCGACUCAAACAAGCUAUAAGGUAUCCGAAACGGUGAGGAAGCGGCAGUAUAGAGUUGGCCUAAACCUUUUUAAUAAGAAACCGGAAAGAGGGAUUAGUUACCUCAUCAGACGUGGAUUUUUGGAGAACAGUCCACAAGGGGUCGCCAGAUUCUUGAUCAGUCGAAAGGGAUUGUCCAAACAAAUGAUAGGAGAAUACCUUGGAAAUUUGCAGAACACUUUCAAUAUGGCAGUGCUUGAAUGUUUUUCUCAAGAAUUGGACCUCUCUGGAAUGCAAGUAGACGUCGCUUUACGAAAGUUUCAAGCCUACUUCAGAAUGCCUGGCGAGGCACAAAAGAUCGAGCGGUUAAUGGAAGUCUUCAGUCAACGUUACUGCCAAUGUAAUCAUGACGUAAUAUCGAGGCUGCGGUCGGCAGAUACCGUUUUUGUCUUAGCCUUUGCUAUUAUCAUGCUUAAUACGGAUUUGCACACACCUAAUCUAAAGCCCGAACGUAGAAUGAGACUUGAGGAUUUUAUAAAGAAUCUCCGAGGGAUAGAUGAUUGCGGCGAUAUAGACCGGGAUAUUCUAGUUGGCAUUUACGAACGGGUGAAAGAUAACGAAUUCAAGCCAGGCUCCGACCACGUGUCGCAAGUAAUGAAGGUCCAAGCGACUAUUGUUGGAAAGAAGCCAAACAUGGCGUUGCCGCAUAGAAGAUUGGUGUGUUACUGCAGACUCUAUGAGAUACCCGACAUCCACAAAAAAGAGAGACCCGGCGUUCAUCAGAGAGAAGUUUUCCUUUUUAACGACCUGCUCGUCGUUACGAAGAUUCUAAGCAAGAAGAAGAACAGUGUAACUUACACUUUCAGACAGAGUUUUACACUUUGCGGCAUGGUGGUUACUCUAUUCGACGUUCCCCAUUAUCCAUACGGCAUAAGACUCUCUCAGCGUGUCGACGGAAAAGUUCUAGUCACAUUUAACGCUCGAAAUGAGCAUGACAGGUGUAAAUUUGUAGAAGACCUUAGGGAAUCCAUUAGCGAAAUGGAUGAGAUGGAAACUUUGCGUAUCGAAACUGAAUUGGAGAGACAAAAGAGCAGUAGAGGCGCGCGAGGCGGGGCGGAAAAUAGAGACUCCGGCGUCGCCGAUGUGGAAAUCUGUCCUUGCCCCGGGACUUGUUCCGACAGAGCAGAAACAGUUGAUGUCGACACACAAUUGAAACGUUCCGCACUUAGUAAUUCUCUUUUGGACAUACACGAGCAAUUUGCCGGUGAGAAGCCACAGCGUCGUGGAAGUGUGGGCUCUCUGGAUAGCGGUAUGUCUAUUUCAUUUCAAUCUACUUCUGCCAGCUCGAUGAGCCAAGGCAUUAAACAUCCUGGACAAGUUCAUCCUAUGCAUCCAGGGGUUACGAUCCCUGGUGCCGGUGGUAAGGGACUGGCUCAGCAGCCAUCUUUUUUAGGAGGCCUCUUCGCCAAACGAGAGCGAAAAUUAUCGCAAUCUGAAGAGUCCAGCCCUUACAGUCGUACCACGGAAGUAUAAUGUACUCUUCCAGUUUCGUAAGCGAGGUACACUUUUUGUAUACCGAUUUUCUUCUAGUACGCUUCGUGUUUUUAAGAUAAUGUCUCUCGAUGAUGAGAAUUUUUAAUAGCAAUAAUUAUUCACUAAUUUAUUCGUAUUAAUAAAAUUACAAUUGUCAUUUCUUUUAGAGCUUCUCGGCAUACAGUUUUGUCUUCGAAAAAAAGAAAGUGAUUUAUAAGCAGCAAGACUGCCGCGAAAUGUUCUAUUACUAAGUAUUGUCAUUUUAUACGUAUACCACGAAGCGUGUUAAAAGAUUAGACAGAUAAUGCUAAUGAGAACGUAAAUCUGACGGAUUGGGCAGGAUCCAAUCGAGAUCACCUCUGGCGCAUUUAAAAAGAAAAAGAAAAUUUUAAGAUAUUCACCUAUUCUCUCCUCCCGAAACUGUAUAGUAUUUAUUAAUCUAAAACAAAAAAAAACUGAUGGACACAUUUUUCAUACUGUAUUUAUAAUUUACGAGGACGCGAUAUUGAAUGAUAGAAUUGUGUGUAGAUAAUAUUAUUACAUUUUUGCUUAGUUUUACAUUAUAGACAGGCGUUAACGAGUAGAAUUUAAUAAAGAGAGAAUCGUAAGUCACAAGAGUUGUAAGAAUACGAGAUACCUUAUCGAGAGUUUCUAAUAGUAAUCUAUCGUGCUAUCAGCAAGUAUUAUCAUUACAUCACUGAUUCGAGAAUUUGUAAAUAAUAGACGUAUAACGAGUUGUCAUGUUCGAAACGAGUUGUAACAAAAAAAAAGAGUUAGCGUAAGGGAAAUGAUAAGCAAUCUCUAUCGAUGUUAGGUGCAUGUUGAUGUCUAACGAUUUUUAUUAUCGGAAACGUGAAGUUUGAAUGUAGCAAUGAAAUAAGACUUAACGUAAGAUGUAAGACGUGUUUGUCAUUAUAACGACCUAUUGAUAAUCAUUCACGAGAAGUAGAUUUUGCUUAUGUAUGUUGAAAUUUUGACUCGAAGUUGUUCGCAUUUUCACUAAAAGGAAGAAAAAGAGAAAAGAAAAAAAAUCAGCAUGUUAAAAAUAUCCACGAUUAAUUCGUUUCUCGUCUUCCGCGGCGAGAGUAGAUUUAAAACGUCGAUAAUACCGUCGCAAGAGUAUAAACACGUAAGCUAAGAAACAUACGCGGAACAAAGAGGAAAAAAAAGAAAAGAACGCGCAUGCCUUAUAUACUGCCAUGAUAAAAAUCUCGCGCGACCGAGAAACGAACUAAUGAAAUCACAAUCGUAGAAAAGGUCGGAAAAUUUUUUCCAAGAGCUGUGGAAUUGUAUGACAAACUAAUCAUGUACAUAGCGCUGAUCGCAACAUCAGCUGGCUGUAAACAAGCAAACGGCGUUUCAUUAAUUUAACGAUAAUCUCCUGUUAAAAUAAUGCAUCUACAUAGGAGGAGUGUUUAAUAUAAUUCUACAUUAGAUUUUAUCUCUUUCUUUGACCUGCGCUCUAAUCUUUUUCUAGUAUCGAAAGUAUCAGACAUGUUUAACUAAAGGAUUUUAAUAACAUUACGGAGGCGAGAGAGAGAGAGAGAGAGAGAAAUAUGCUUUUGGCUGCAUUUUUCACUCAGCGAUAAAGUUUGUAAUUAUCGUUAACUUAAGAUUAAAAUCCGUUGAAGGGAACGAAAUUUUGCUCUGUCAAAGAUAUUAUGUAAAAAAGGUUCUCGUGUGUGUGUAAGCAUCGGAAUUACGCGCGAGUGAGAAUCUCUCACGCGCAAAAAGAAAAACGGUAUCUAGAGAUAAGUUACAUCGCGCGCUGACAUUUUUAUACGUAUGAUGAUCGUCUAAUUUUGCGCUUGUCUCACGUCUGCUAAUAACUAGGAUUACCAAAUGUCCUACUUUAGGAGGACAUGUCUUAACAAUUUGGCUCUCCGUUCUACCACAUUUGAAUCAAAAUAGUAAAUAUUCUAUUUUUAUAGUUUUGAAUUUUAAUCUUCAGUUUCAUAUGAAGUGGAACACAUUGUCUGUUCAUGAUGUUCACAAUGAAGCAGAAAGUUGAUUAAAACUAUGAAAAGUUUAAUAAAAUUCAACUUACGCGAUAAAAAUUGCAUGCAAUUUUGUACAGAAUUUUGUUAAGAGAUCCUAAGUUAACAAGCAAUUGCUUAAGAAAAUUGAUAUUGAAAAAUGUUAUUGUAUAAAAAAAAGAUUAAACAUUAACUCUCGUUAAUAUGUUAACAAUUUAAUUUGUUUUGUUAUAAAGUUAAAAGUAAAGUUAAAAGUAGAUUAAUAAAACAUUUUAUAGAAAUAAAAUAUAGAAAAGAAAUAAAAAGGACACAUGAUAUUAAUUGUGCUAACAAAGUGAUUUACAUGAUUAAAAUUUUAGAUAGAGAUUUUUUAAAAAAUUUACAUUUUUUUUUACUCAUUUCCCCUUUGUUAAUAUUUUUUUACAGAAUUUGUCCUCCUUUCGCUACUGUGAUAUUUGGUAACCCUACUAGUAACUGUUAUCGAUUGACUCUUGAUACGAAAACAAUAACUGCUAAUGUACUUUAUAAACGUUGUAAACGAUCGAAUGUUGAACACUCCGUUCUAUUUAUGAUUCUAAUAAAGAGAAACGAGAAAAGAAGCAGAAGAUGUAAUUGUUGAAAUUGUCGAGGGACAAUUUACAUAUUCGUGGUGGCUUGCCGACAAUACAUUUUGUUUACAGAAAGAGAGAAGAGAGAUAAACGGAGGGACAUUUCUUGUACUACUGCGUAUCUUUUUUUUAAUAUUGAACAAGCUGCUCGCACGCAUCACCAAUAUCGAUUCUAGUCUUUCUCAUCGACAUGAUGUACACGCGGUACGAUCUCGUACGAAAAAGUACGGGAUUAAUUUGCAAAGGUAAUCCUUCAAAUUGUACAGAUACACACAAUCGACUUAUAUCCACUUUCACCAAUGUGAAUUGGCUUUAAUUUCGAUUUAACUUAAUUUUUAUCCUUCUUUAAUUUGUAGAAUUGGGAAAAGAUAAAGAAUAAGUUAAAUCGAGAGAUCACCGUUAAUCUACAUUGAUAGAAAUAAAUAUUAGACGCAGCGUUAACGUCACACGUAUGCUAAGUUCCAUGAGGUCGCGUCAAUUCUUCUCACUGGCCACUCACUUAAAUAAUCUGAAUUCUGUGAUAAUCUCGCGCGAGGACAGGAAAAAAAGACUGAUUAGGAUGACCCCAAAUUUUAUUACGACAUAUAGUCUUUUUGUUGUCAUUUUUUCCUUCCCUCACAAAAAAAGAAGCACUUUAUUGAACAAUGAGAAAGAUGAACUCGAGCAUCUUCUACCCCUCACUCUUCUACCUGUCGAAUUUGAUACCUAUUGUCACUGUCGUCGUCAAUCACGUGAAAGUAGAAAAAUACGUAUUCUUGUUUGGCGGAAAAAUAUCAGGGAAGAAUGGAUUGCACCAGAUUGGCGCGAUCAAAGUUUGACGCCCGAUUGAGCGGCUGUUAUUCGGCUUGAUCUGCAAGAAAGUCUUGCUGGUGAGAAAGCGCGUAUAAUCAAGAUCGAUCCUCCCCCCCUCGCUCCCUCCCCUUCCUCUCAAUGCCAAAUUAUUAGUAAAUUUCUCCCUCGUUAGUCUAGUGAAUGCUGUAAGUAUACUGUGUUAAUAAAUAACUCUGAAUCCGAAA